UUCCAUGACAACUUGUUUAUUUGAUGUUUGAUCAAUAUCAGUCAGGUUUUUACUAGAAUUUCUAGUCGUUUUACCAAAAUGUCUGAUUUUUAUUCAUCUCCGAAUGAUAUUAAACUAUUAAGUGAAUUGUUGUUCCCUCGCAGGGAUAAUGACUCAUCUGAUGAUGAAGAACACGUCACUAAGAAAGCAACAAAUACUUAUUUGAAUCCUACUGAUAUUGCAAGGAAUAAAGUCACCACUGAUUCUGCUGAAUCAACAUCCACGCAAGAAAUUAAAAAAUCUCCAUAUGAAAAGACUGAAGAGGCUAAGAAGAAAACUGAGCUUGAUUACGAAGAUGAGUACAUGCAGAAAAUCAAUGAAUUGACGGAUGAAAGUACAUGGAAAACCUGUCCUACGUACGAAAUAAGUUAUCGGCAAGCAGUUACUGCUUCCGAUGUGUUUCUACAAAUGGGAAACAAAACAAAUUCUACUUCAAGUUGUGAGAAUAUGGUAAUUGCUAUCAAUUUACCAGAGGAGAAACGUCAGAGCAUUGAUCUAAAGAUUGAGGAAACUGUCUUGAAGCUGAAUUCAUCGAAGUAUUUUCUAAAACUGUCGCUGCCGCACCCUGUAAACCCGCAGUUGGGCGAUGCUAAGUUUGAUAGUGAUACGGAUAUUCUAAAUGUCACCUUAGUAAUGGACCGGGAAUUCGACUUUGUUAAUUACUAAGCCUUAUAUGUAAUAACCUUCAAUACCUUAUCAUGAAUAAAGGCAAGAAUUUGAAAGCAGAAA